GCGCAGUUGCUGAGCAACUACAGCUGCUGGGCGUGGUCCACGUUGAGCUGUGCUGUUCUGGUGUAUCUGGGGAUUCCCAAAGAAAGCGAGGAAACCAAGGCCUGAGCUCCGGGGGUGGUGGGCAGGGGCGGGGGAGCGGAAUGAAACAGAUCAUGGAAAGGAACAACAUCAUUGAUUUCAAGGCUUUGGAGAAAGAGCUGCAGGCUGCACUCGCUGCUGAUGAGAAAUACAAACGGGAGAAUGCUGCCAAGUUCCGGGCAGUGGAACAGAAGGUGGCUUCCUAUGAGGAGUUCAGGGGUAUUGUCCUUGCAUCACAUCUGAAGCCACUGGAGCGGAAAGACAAGAUAGGAGGAAAGAGGACUGUGCCCUGGAACUGUCACACUACUCAGAGAGGGACCUCCCAGGAGGAGGCCACUGAAAUCUCCCAGGAGAAAACACUUGUCCAGCCCGAGACCUCCGCAGAGUUCUACCGUGCUUGGCGGCGACACCUGCGGAGUGGGCCAGAGCGCUACCAGGCCCUGCUGCAGCUCGGAGGUCCAAAGCUGGGUCACCUCUUCCAGAUGGACGUGGGGUUCGGACUUCUAGGGGAGCUGCUGGUGGCACUGGCCGAACACGUGAGGCCAACCGACCGGUUGGUGGUGCUAGGGAUCCUGCGCAGCCUGGCCAGCACCGGGCGCUUCACCCUGAACCUGAGCCUGCUGAGCCAGGUGGAGAGAGAGGCCUGCAGAGGCCUGUUUCAGAAGCUGCAGGCCAUGAGUACUCUCAGACCCACAGAGGAGGAGGAGGGGCUCGGCCAGGAGGAGGAGCGGGGUCUGGAGGAGCAGCCUGGUGAGAUCCAGGAGGAGGAAAGGCUCUUGCAAGAGUUGCUGGGGGUGUACCAGGUGGAUUGACCGGACCAGUUGCCUCCAGAGCCCCCCAGUGGUCACUGGAGGCUUUUUCUGCUUGUUGUCCUGGGGGCUCUGCAGGACUGUAAUGAGAAGCCCACACCUGAUUUCCUUCUCAGCUUGGAAUUUUCAGAGCAAAUAAAAGAAUCGAAUCUUCCUGA